GUGACGUAGGCAGAAGCGACGCGGACAGAAUUGCUCCCCGAGUUUUCGCGUGUGUUUUAAGGAGGAAACUAGUGGAGGCGCCAUGGCGGCCACGUCUAAACCCAAGCUGUCAAAGAAUCUGCUGCGGAUGAAGUUCAUGCAAAGAGGAUUGGAUGCAGAAACUAAAAAACAGCUAGAAGAGGAAGAAAAGAAAAUAAUCAGUGAAGAACACUGGUAUUUGGAUUUACCUGAACUUAAGGAGAAAGAGAGUUUCAUAAUAGAGGAGCAGAGCUUUAUGCUUUGUGAAGAUCUUUUGUAUGGAAGAAUGUCAUUCAGAGGGUUUAAUCCAGAAAUCGAGAAAUUAAUGGUCCAAAUGAAUUCCAAAAAUAAAGAUGAGGAAGUUGAAGAUGUAUCAAUGGAGGCUGAUGUGUCUGAUGAAGAAAUGGCCAGACGGUAUGAAAGUUUAGUGGGCACAAUUGGAAAGAAGUUUGCUAAAAAGAGAGAUCGAGCACAGUAUGAUGAAGAUGAAAAUGGUAACAUAAAAUCAGUUAAAACUAAGAAGACAUUUUUAAAGCCUCGGGAAUAGACUAAGCAAAAUAUCCAGGAAGUUCUCUGGUUUAUUUUGAGACUUUCUAAUUAGAGUUGGUUGUGUAAUUAGUAAUGUUAUUAUACUUAUUUGUAAAGAAAUUUGUAACUUUUGAAACAUAUUCUGUUCCAGAAACAGAUGUGUGAUGGAUGUUAUACAUCCUUGGCUGAAGGGUUGUCAUUGACUGUGGGGUUUUUAACCUUGAUCUGUUAAACAUAACAAAAACAAGCAAUUGGUCCCCAAAGCAUUUCAUUUGAGAGAAUAGUGGUUUCUUCCACCUGAUCAUUUAAUUCAAAAUCUUGGAUAUAAAAUGACAGUACUGUUUAAAUUGUCCUUGGUAUGUUUACACUAUAUUUUAAAAUAUUAAUUAAGAUAAGCCAAUAAAUCCAUUUGGGAAUAAAGAAAUUUUAUAGCACAA